CAUGUGAUCAUCUCUUAAAUUCUGUUUUAAUAAAAGGUUUUUGUGUGUGUGUGUGUAUUUACUCGAGCGGCGGGUAGAUGGCGCCAGAGUGCAGAAUUUAUCAGUAGUAAAGGCAAGAAGGUGCAGAAGCAGUCGAGAUAGCUGAGUCACAAAACUGGCAUCGGAGUACCAGUGAAAGGGACGGGAUAUUUCUGCUGGAAGUUAUUUGUAUUUAAAACUGUUUUUAAAUAUGUUGAAGAUCACGGUGAAAACGCUGCAGCAGCAAACCUUUAAGAUUGAGAUAGAGCCGGAGCUGACGGUGAGAUCCUUAAAGGAGAAAAUAGAGAAAGAAAAAGGAUCCGAUUCCUAUCCAGCAACCGGGCAGAAGCUCAUCUAUGCAGGUAAAAUCCUUAACGAUGACAUACCUAUAAAGGACUACAAGAUAGACGAAAAUAACUUUGUCGUAGUCAUGGUAACCAAGCCAAAGGCAUCAUCUUCUUUACCUGCGCAGCCCCCAAGCGAAGCAACCCCAACUCCUUCAGUAACAAGUACCCCUGUCCCUGUCAGCACCCCCACCCCUGUCAGCACCCCCGCCCCUGUACCUGCAGCAUCGGAAGAUGCCCCACCUACCGAAGCAGUGCCCCCUGUGGCUCCCCUUUCCGCUGCAGCCCCCCACAGCACAGACGCAGCAGCGGCAGCAGCACCUGGACUCCCCGAUACCCCCACUGAGGAAAAACCCAAAGAGGAAGUGAAGGAAGAGCCCGCCACCGCCCCACCUGUCUCCUCCAGCAUUGAAGACCUUAAUCUUUUAGAAGAAGCAUCGUCUAUACUAGUUACAGGGCAGGCAUAUGAAAAUCUAGUCGCAGAGAUCAUGUCAAUGGGAUACGUGAGGGAGCAGGUGAUAGCGGCAUUAAGGGCAAGCUACAAUAACCCUGACCGGGCAGUGGAAUACCUUCUCACAGGAAUUCCAACAGAACCUGACCUUCCUCCAAAAGAGACAUCCCCUCCAGCUCCCGCCUCCAAUCCCACGCCACAACCAGCAGAGAGACCCGCCCCGGCCGGGAGUGGCGAUGUAUCGUCGAGUAACCCCCUGCAGUUCUUGCGAAACCAGCCCCAGUUCCAGCAGAUGCGGCAGAUCAUCCAGCAGAACCCAGCCCUGCUGCCUGCAUUGCUGCAGCAGCUCGGCAGAGACAACCCCCAGCUCCUCCAGCAAAUCACGCAGCACCAGGAGAGGUUUGUGCAGAUGCUGAACGAGCCUUUCGGAGAGUCUGCCGGAGAAGGAGAGGGAGAGGAAGCGGAAGGUCAAGGGUCCUCGCAGACAAACUACAUCCAGGUCACACCUCAAGAGAAAGAGGCAAUAGAAAGGUUAAAAGCCCUGGGGUUUCCAGAAGGACUUGUUAUUCAAGCUUAUUUUGCCUGCGAGAAGAAUGAAAACCUCGCAGCUAACUUCCUCCUGCAGCAGACGUUCGAUGACGAGUGACCCGUGCCUGUCUCUCUCGCUCUCUCUCGAGUGUUUAUAAGUGUGGACUGGGAGGGGAGUGCAAGAAGGCUGUGGGCCGUGGUGAGCUUUCUCUCUGGACAAAGCCAAGAUGUGAAAAAAAAAAAAAAAAAAACACUGAACAGUUUAUUUUUGAACCAAUGCACACAACCCACUUCAAUUGCUGGUGUCGCUGCCUAGUGUUUAGAUUUACCAAGUGGCCAUUUUUUUUUUUUUUUUUUACUUCAUUAUCAAGUAUGAUGUCGCUAUUUCUUUUGCUGUACCCCCGAGAUGAAAGUUAUGAGCAAGGCAGCAUAAAAUGACAAUCAGGUGUUGUAUAAGCAUGAGUUAUUCAAGAUCGCUUAGAGAAAGCCACAUACAGAGUUGCUUAGCACGUGCUUCCAUUGUUGUCAGUAAGUCUUGUAAUGCUUGCUAAGACCUCUAAACUGUACCAUUGAAAAAAUAAGCUUAAUAGUUUUAAACAAACAUAGAUCUAAAUGCUUGUACAAGGUUGUUUGUUUUAGUACUUUGUGUAAACUUUACCUAAAUUCUAGUAAUUUGUAGAAACAUCCUCAGUAGAUUUUUCAGGGUGUUUAUGGUAAAAGCUGCUUAAGACUUUUGGGAAGACAACAGUUUGCCAUAUUGCAGUUGCAAAUAUAUGUCUUUGAGCACACAAGAAAAACAACAAGAUGAAGGAUGUGAAAUAAUGGUACAAAGGUGGAAUUUUUUUUUAGAAUUUUUUUUAUUUUUUUUAUACUAAAGUCUUCAGUCUCCUUGCCCUGAAAUUGGAUCAUGUUGCUAAAGGUAAAAAUGUAUGUCUGAUUUCUCUUUAUAGAAAAUAUAUUUAAAAUGUAAAGCACAUUUUUCCAAUAGGCAACACAGUCUAACUGUAACACCAGGAGAUGCAUGACACACAAUAAUGCAAUACAGACUGGAAUAGAAACAUGAAUAGUGGAGUGCUUUUCUACAACUGCCUUGUUGGUACUGGACUGUUAAAGCCUUUAGUGCAAGUAUGUCAUGUUACUCCCAAGUUGUCUGGUCUUGCAUAUCCCCUUUGGUAUUACAUUUUUAGAAAUUUUACAACAGUUUGUAUUAACUCUGUGGAGUUCGAGUAGUUGCCCCACCAUAACUUUGAACAAAACAAAGCCUUUCUGCAUUAUAAAAUAGAUACAUAGAUAGGAAACUUAACAUGGUGCAGGGAUGGAAAUAAAUUGCAUGGCAGUUUGAUCCAUUCCUGGCUUUACUGUGAGUCUAAUAAGAUGCACCUGAGCUGGGGCUAAGCAAGCUUGUAGUAAAACCUCUAAUGGGGAAAAAACUGCUAUGCAAUAGGAGUUUUAUAUCCAUCUCUGUGGUGCAAUUGUGCAUGCAGUGACUGAAGGGGAUAUAAAGUCUCUUGGGUGGUAGGCACUGAACUGAAGUUUCACAUGUCGAGGUAAUCAUUUAGAACAGCAUGUAUAUUACCUAUUCUACGAUUGCAGAAACAAUUACUUGCACAAAUGGCUUCAGUUGCAAACAGUCAAGCAAAGUACACCCUGUUUCAGAAUCAUGAAGUAUACAACAAUACAGGUGCUUCAGUGUAUAGGUACGUUUAUUUAUUUAUUUAUUUUGCAUAAGCGUUCAUCAACCUGCUUUAACAUGUCAGUUCUUACGAUAUGUAAUCUGCAAAAAAAAAACAUUAAUAUGAGAAAUCUCUGAAAGUUAUUAAAAGGACAAUCACCUAACUGUAUAUGAUGCUGUUAUGAAGCUCUGUUACUGUGUGUGUGCUCUGAUCAAACUGCAGAGGGAGAUCGCGUGUGGAGUUUGUCAUGAUGAUUUACUUAAUCGUGCCAUUUGUUAUUUUUUUAACAUAAAAAUGAAUCAAGCUGUAUUUGGUACAAAAUGUCAUGAAUAUUCAGUGAAAAAGCUAUGGGCAAGAUGACAUUGUGUUAUAAUGUGCACAGUGCACUUCUUAAAUAAUAAUUUAUUCUCUAAGUCCUGCCGUGUUGAUAUAUUCUGUUGUCUAAUGUGUAUAAUUGAUCCUUGCUGUUACAAUAUGACACUUUAAAAUUGAAAUAGAAAUGCGAAUGCUGACGUCAGACUUGGGAGAGUUGCAUGUUUUAAGUUUUCAUGAGCUCAUGCGAAGUGUAGAAAUAAUGUAGAUCAUGCAAGCGUGUUUAUUUUUCAGCUGUCUAUUUUUACUGAUUUGAAUUUUAAGUUGUUGUUCUGAUGGCUUUUGCAUUUCUAAUGUUUCGUUUUGAUUUUCUGAUGAAGUUCAGUUCUAGCCUUAGCUGCAGAUCACAUCUUGAAGGCUGAGUUUCUGAUUGCUAACUUGUUUCUGGGAUGGAUUUCAUUUCAGCAUUAUGUACAAUAAAUAGCUUUUACGAAGCUUUAAAACAGAA